AUGGAACGGGAUCUGGAAAAGGCUCAUGGUGAGGCUCGCUCGGCAGCGGCAUCCUCGUCGGGCACGUCGAGAUCGUCCACCGCCUCGGAUCCUUCCGUCGUGCUGCACCCCAUCCGUACCGAUCCGAGUCGGCGCAGCCGCGUCUCCGCGACGGAUGCCCGCAUCGACGGCACCGACCCGUACGAGAACCUCGAGCAGGCCCUCUCACGCGACACCCGCACCGACGGCGGCCGUGACGGCGGCGAACCCGACGACGGCAUCGAGCCUGUACGCACCGCCGCCAGCGCCGCCACCCUCCGUCAUCCCGACUUCGAGGUCGUCUUCCAGGACGGCGACCCGGAGAACCCCCGCAACUGGUCUCUCGGGUACCGCGUCUGGAUACUCGUCGCCAUCGCCUAUACCUCGUGGGUCGCCGUCCUGUACAGCACCAGCUAUACCUCGUCCGCCCCGGGCCUCAUGGCCGAGUUCGGCACCUCCCAGACCGUCACCACCCUCGGCAUGACCACCUACCUGCUCGGUCUGGCCACCGGCUGUCUGGUCCUGGCUCCCAUGAGUGAGCUGUUCGGCCGCCGGAUCGUCUACCUCGUCUGCCUCGCUGCCUGGCUGCUCCUCGUCAUCCCCGGCGCCGUUGCCCAGAACUUUGUCACCAUCCUCGUCACCCGAUACUUCUGCGCCUUCUUCGGCUCCGUCAUGCUCGCCAACGGUCCUGGCUCCGUCGUCGACCUCUCCCAUCCCGACUACCUCGCCUUCACCCUGUCCAUGUGGAGCAUCGCUCCCAUGAACGCCCCCAGCACCGGCGGCAUCAUCGGCGGCUUCGUCUACCAGUACCUCGGCUGGAGGUGGUCCGCCUGGAUCAUCCUCAUCAGCGGUGCCGUCGCUUUCGGCACCAUGCUCACCUGCAAGGAGACGUACGCGCCCACCAUCCUCAGGCGCAAGGCUGCCAGGCUUCGCCACGAGACUGGCGACUCGCGAUGGUGGUGCCAGUACGACCAGAGGGUAUCGACCUGGAACCUUCUCAAGACGAACCUGAGCCGUCCCUUGGUCCUCGCCAUCAAGGAACCCAUCCUGUGGUUCCUAAACAUCUGGAUGUCCCUGGUCUAUGGCGUUCUCUACCUCUGUUUUGUCGCCUACCCCAUCGUCUUUUCCCAGCAUCGCGGCUGGUCCCCGGGCAUCUCCGGGCUUGCCUUUGUCGGUAUCGGCGUCGGCACCCUGCUCGCCAUCUUCUCGGAGCCCCUCUGCCGCCGUCUCAUCAACGGCCAGCCGAGGGAUCCCCUGACGGGCAAGCCUCCGCCAGAGGCCCAGGCUCUGGUCUUAGCCAUCGGCUCCAUCCUCACCCCUGUCGGCCAGCUCGUCUUCUCUUGGACGUGCCUUCCCACCAGCAUCCACUGGGCCAUCCCCAUCGCCUUCGGCGUGCCCUUCUCCCUCGGCAACACCCUCAUCUUCAUCUACGGCUCCAACUACCUUGCCGGCGCAUACGGCAUAUACGCAGCCAGCGCCCUGUCGAGCAACGCCGUCAUGAGGAGCAUCUUCGGUGCGACCCUCCCCCUGGCAGGACCCAAGAUGUACGAGGCCCUCACGCCGCAGUGGGCCGGCACGUUGCUGGGCCUGGUCGAAGUCACCAUGAUCCCCAUCCCCUUUGUCUUCUGGCGGUACGGUGCCAAGAUCAGGGGCAGGAGCAGCACCAUCUGCCAGCUGCGCGAAGAGCAGGAGAAGAUAAACUCCAAGCGUGCACGCCAUCAGGCUAAACUGGUGCGCGAGGCUGAGCAGAACCUAUCGCAGCCUUGUUCGGACGCAGAGGAGGGACCCGCUGCCAAUCUCAGCACCAUGGCAGAUAAGAGAGAGUCAUCCUAG